UUCUCCUUUCCCUCAGGAGACAGACGGGGGAUGUUUUCCCUCCCCUCUGCGGGCGAGCUGCCACGGAUCGCUCCCGCAGUCUGCUCCCGGCAAGCCGAGAGCCGAUGUGUUGGGAGAAUAAAGUUCAGUUCACUCAUGUACUCAUGAGCUGCUGAUGCCCGUGGGAGAUUUUCUCCUGACUUCAGUGAACUGUGAAUCAGAUUCAAGGAGAUAAAUCCAGCUCUUCCUGAAACUGCACCAUUUGCAGAGAAUGAAGCCUAUGAAGAGGACAAUACUGAGAAAUUAUAUAAUCUUGACCAUGAUGUGCUUCUAAAGAGUUCAUGCCUUCACAAAUCGACAUACGCUGCUGCUGCUCAAAGAUGUGUAAUGAAACUGGUGCUUCUGCAUAUUUUAUUUUUUCUGCAGGUUUGAAAACAACCAUGUAACAGGAUCUGAGAAUAAUUACAGCUUUCUGGACUUUAGUAUUAGAAAACCCUGCUGUAUGCUCAGAAGUUCAAGUAAACAAACCUGAAAACAGUUUUCCUGCUCAUUCAUCUAUCAGUGACAUACACUGCAGUGGCAUUGGACCAUCUGUAUUUAUAAUCAGACUGUAACAUUUGUCAGUACAAGGAUUUAGCUGUAAGGCUCCUUCCCAGUAUCCUUACUUGCCAUCUCAAGUAGCAAACAGGAACCUUUACUUGCCAAAAUGAAGCAGAAUCUGGUGUGUCAGACACCUCCCACCAUCACUGUUCGCGUUAAAUCAAGCGCAUCCAGAUCACAUCAGCAAAAACCCCAUAUCAGACUGAAGUGGUCUUCUCUUAAAGACCACGAAGAAAAACAUGAAAAAAAGGCUUCUGCUCAUAAAGAUAAAUGUCCAAAGGGACCAUGUCUGGUUAUUCAGCGCCAGGAAAUGACAGCUUUCUUUAAACUAUUUGAUGAUGACCUAAUCCAAGACUUCCUUUGGAUGGACUGUUGCUGUAAAAUUGCAGACAAAUAUCUCUUGGCCAUGACUUUCGUUUAUUUCAAGAGGGCUAACUUCACAAUAAAUGAGCAUACCAGAAUCAAUUUCUUUGUCGCUCUGUAUCUAGCAAAUACAGUUGAAGAAGAUGAUGAAGAAUCAAAGUAUGACAUUUUCCCAUGGGCUCUGGGAAAAGUCUGGAGAAAGCUCUUCCCUGAUUUCUUAAAGUUAAGAGAUGAGCUGUGGAGUAGACUUGACUACAGGGCUAUUGUAAGCAGACGCUGCUGCGAAGAGGUGAUGGCUAUUGCUCCAACACAUUAUGUGUGGCAGCGAGAGCGUUCCAUAUACCACAGCGGAGCUGUGAGAAACUACAGUGGUGAUGAAGCACAGCUGCCCCGAGGACCAAGUGCUACUCCUACAGACUGCCUGCUUUGUGGUAAGAAAGGAAGAUUUGUACGGCUAGGAUUAUCAUCAUCUUCCUCCUCAUCUACUGACACUUUGGAGAUGAUGGAAUUACAAUCAUCAAAGAAUUUGAAGGACACCAUUGCAACUGAAAAAAUGCUCGUUGACUCUCCUUUGAAUUACACCCAAGACUGUCAGAGCCUGUCCAGCAAAAGGAGACUAGGUAGCACCUGUAAGCAAGACAAAUCCAUGGAGUGGUUUACAAGCAAUGAAGAAUGAAGUACACCUGACGAGACAGAAACAAAUACUGUGCUUU